GGGCGGUGGCUCGGCCCGGGGCGGUGCCGCCCCUGCAGCCUCUGGAGCAGCUGCGGCGGCACUGGGAGCGGCUGUCGCGCAGGCGGGUAGCGUGUCUGUCUCUGAGCUGGUGAGGCGGCAGCCAUGCGGCGCUGGAGGCUCCUUCUCUUGCCGGUGCUCCUCGCCGUGCUGCUCUCCGUCAGAGGCCAAGAUGACUUCUCCUUAGGAGAUGCACUUUUGGAAGAAAGUACAAAGAAACCUCCUGUAACUCAGAAGACACCAUCAUCAGAUCCAGAUGAUUUUGACUUGUUCCAUGCUCUUGAUCAUGAUGAUCCCAAGCCACAUCCUCCUGCAAAUCCUAGAGAUACUGAUAACCCCAAACAAGAUCAACCUAAAGGCUCUGGCACAUUUGAUGAUUCAGAUCUAUUGGAUGGCAAUUUCCCCAAAGGAGGAAGUGAUGGCAGUGGCAGCAAUGAACGAAAGGGCCCAACUCCAAACAAUGGCCAAGAAGAACAAGCUUCUCCGGGAGCAAUAGCUGGAAUUAUAAGUGCUGUGGGUGCUGCUGUAAUUGGAACAGUAACUAGUUUCAUUGCUUACCAGAAGAAGAAACUCUGUUUCAAGCAAAGUGAUGAAGAGAAUGUGAAUAUGCAAAGCCUCAGGGGAGCACAAUCUGAGCCACCUGUUCAGCGCACGCUUCUGGAGAACUAAAAGAAAGAGUGGUGAAGAACAGAUAUUUGGAACUGGACAAACAACUUGCAUUCUGCCAAAAAAAAAAAAAAAAGGAAACAAAGCAUAAUAUAAACAGCAGACCCCGAAGUUUCAUGAGAAAACAGCUCUUGUUUGAAACAUCUCUGGGACUGUGACUUAGACCUGAAUACUUCUGUAUGGUUAGCCCUGUGAAGCAUUGUUGCACACCAAUACAUGGCCUUAAUGACAGGAAUGUAGAAGUAUGCUGUGCCUUUACAUUCUUUCCUUGACUCCUCUGACAAAUGGGUGUGUCUCAAGUGCAUUCAGUGUGUUUAACUUUUCCUUACCUCUCCAAAACCAAUAUGCAAUUAUGGUUUUUAUUAUGUUGUUGCUCUCAGGCAAUACAAACGUUUUUUGAAAUAACCCAUACACAGUGAGUGGACCAACCACUGGUGUAUGUGGUGUAGUGUAUGUUGUGGGCACCUGAAAGCAAACACCUCACUGUGUAUAGAUGGUGGGUCUGGGUGUGGUGCUGCUGAUCCAAUCUGUGUAGCUGCCUGGGCCAGCUGCCAGGGAAGAGAUGCUUGUGCUUGAGCAUUCAGAAGACAAAAAUAUGUUCUUGGUUUUAGAUUUUUUUUUUUCAUUGCAUCUGUCUGGUACAGAUUGAGAAAAUUCAAAGAUAAUGCACACCAAGCCUUCAUUCUUUCUGGCUCUUCCUGCUUAGCAAGCACUGAGCUGGUCAGCUGUGGAAAAGCCUGUAUUUGCAGAUCAGAAGCACAAUUGGACUUUGUAUUUCUGGUGACACUGAUGUUGGGCAUUGUCUAAACAGUAGUGGAUGAAGUACUUGGGAGUGGGGAUUAACAUCUUCAGACUUCCAUAGCCAAAAGCUUAAGAAAAAGUAGUGUUGAAUUCAUAAGGCUUAUCAUACAUGUGUAAGGGACAGAAACAGUACCACAGUUCCAAACUACAAACAGCAAGACUGACCAGAACAAGCCAACCUCACUCCACAGGCAUCCACUGAACAGUAGAAAUAGCAAAUGUGUGAGAAGUGCUUUUGGACUUGUGAAGGAUUCCCCUAGGAUGUUCACCUGUGGUUGCAUCCUCCUCUGAAAGCACUUGUGACCUAUGCUGUGGCUUUGAAAGCAACAGGAAUGUUUCAAGGAUCUGUGGAAAACAUGGAAAACUACAACUCGUAACAGCUGAAGGACUAAAUCUGGAAUAAUAACUAGUUCUGUCAGGAGAGAAUGGUCUGACCAGUUUCGUUGGCUUUCAUUCUAAUUGCUUUCAAUUUUCAUGCAAUUUUACCAUAUAUGUCUUAUUAAUGGGUUUCAGCCACCCGACAAAGUUCUACAGGAAGAUGACAUUUUGUGGAACAUCUUAGAAAUUAAUAAAUUUGGAUAUUAAACCUGUAAAUAUAUCUGUACAUUCAAAUAUGAAUGUAUGUCAAGGAUAAUUCAUUUAAGAAUUUCUUGUACAUGUUUCAUAGCUUGCAACAAAGCUUUACACAAAUUUUAGUAUUUUCUUAUGGAAUUAAUUUGUAAGUCUCUUUUUGCCCCAUGUCUGCUUUUAGUAUAAAAUGCUAAAACCUUUAACUGUGUUUGAGAGUGCAAAAGUGAUUCCUACAUAAACAUUUGAUUUAUGUAAAUACAAAGAAAAUAAAUGUACUGCUUGCCUACAUGAAUAAACAGAUAUAUAUCUAUGCCAAGCCUAGAGUAAAUAAAAAUAAGUCAGUGUUUGUUAGGGAUAAAAUGGCAGGAGGAGCUCAAAAUAGCUUUUAACUAACCAAGACCCUUGAAUACUUUUUCAGCUUUUGUGAGCCUAGAAAUUACUUAUUAAGACCUAUCAACAUUGUGAUUUUUCUAAAAAUAAAUUU